AUGGGCAUUUCUGGCCUCUUGCCGCUUUUGAAGUCAGUACAGAAGCCAUGCAGCCUCAAGAAGUUUGCUGGGCGAACGAUUGGUGUGGAUGCCUACGGAUGGCUGCACCGCGGCACAGCUGCGUGCGCCAUGGAACUGGCCCAGGAUAAGCCGACAACCAAAUUCGUCGACUUUGCUAUGAACCGCGUUCGCAUGCUUAUCCAUUUCGGCAUAACCCCUUACCUCGUUUUCGAUGGCGAUAACUUACCCAGCAAAUCCGGCACAGAAAAGAGUCGGAGAGAAAGGCGGAAAGAGAGCAAGAGACUCGGCCUAGAGCUACUCAAGGUGGGCAAGACCUCGCAAGCACACAUGGAGCUUCAGAAGUCUGUCGAUGUCACGCCAGAAAUGGCGCGCAUGCUGAUCGAAGAGCUGAAACACCACAACAUCCAGUACACCGUCGCUCCGUAUGAAGCAGAUUCACAACUGGUCUAUCUGGAACGCAAGGGAAUCAUUGACGGGAUUCUGUCCGAGGAUUCGGAUCUGCUGGUCUUUGGCGCCAAAUGUUUGAUUACCAAGCUCGACAAGUAUGGCGAGUGUGUGGAGGUGAACCGCGAUCAUUUCACAGCCUGCAGAGAGGUCAGUCUGGCAGGGUGGAGCGACGCCGAUUUCAGACGCAUGGCCAUCUUGAGUGGGUGUGACUACCUUCCCGGCAUCGGCGGUAUGGGCUUGAAGACAGCUUAUCGAAUGUUACGGAAGCAUAAAAAUGUCGAGCGCCUCGUCAAGGCUGUUCAGUUCGACGGGAAGUUCAAGGUGCCCAACGGCUACUUAGAGAGCUUUUACCAGGCUGAGAAUACAUUUCUCUACCCGUGGGUUUAUUGUCCAUCGUCCAAGCAACUGGUCAACCUCACCAGCCCGGGGGCUGAAAUCGACAUCUCGCAAAUGACGUACAUCGGAGAACAGGUACCUUCUCAUCUUGCGUAUGGUGUCGCACGAGGCGAACUGCACCCACGCUCGAAACAGCCAAUAACGCUUCAAACGCAGACUAGACCAACUGGCAAACCUCUCCGACCGGCGCGAACGAGUUUAUCGACUUCACAGACACCUACAGGUAAACAAAGUCGACCGAUAGAUUCUUUCUUCAAGGCAAAGCGAACUCCUUUAGCGGAACUGGAUGUUAACCUCUUCACGCCAUCUCCUAGCCAGCAAGCACUUCUAGAGCAGCAGCGAACCAACAUCGGAUGGGAAGCAAUCCCCGCUCCACCAAUCAGCCAACGCCAACAGAUUCCACGAGUCAAUUCCGCACCUCAGCCAGCUAGGCGCCUUAGAACAGACUCGAAAAUGUCAAGACAGACCCAACCAAAUCCCUCAAAAAGGCGGCGAUUGUGUUCUGAUACUGAGGCUUCUACACCCGCUCACGAUGAACGCGAAACUACGCGAAGCCGCUUCUUUCCAUCAUCGGCUGCAGAACCAAGCCCCUCUCUCCGCCCGAAUAAGAGUCAAAGGAGGUCAAGCAAAGAUUUCGAACUGCACUCUGAUGAUUCUAUUGAGGAAGCUAUGGCCGGCCUAGUGGACCUGGAAAGAGUUGGUCCGUCUCCUAAAAAGAAGUUGAAGGUCUUCAAAGACAGCUUCAUCUCUAGCAGAGCCAGUGACUCGCAGUCGACUGUUCUGUCACGAUCUACACUAGAAACGUCACAAGACGCCCAAGACGCUGGCGGAAUUACACCUGCAACUUCUUUUGGCAGCCCUGAGCCAGAGUCUAUCUUCAAUGUCCCGCUUGCCAAACAGCUAGACACUCUCCGUGCAAAAUUCUCGUACAGUGCGGCUACCUCUUCACCUUUGACCCCACCAACAUCGUCAAGCUCAACAUGUGUUCGAAACACAACGUCGCUCAAGGUUCCAUCUAUCAAUAAGUCUGUUCGCGAAGAAGAUACUCUCUUGUUCACCGCUACCGAAACGGCUGCGGUCGGGGGCUUCGAAGACGAGAUCUUGGUCGAGGCCACUACUUGUGCUACUGCUGAAACCGAGGUUGAGGUGCCUGCCAGCGAUGCAGGGGACAUUCCACCUAGUCCUUCAACACCACGUAGGUCGCUGGAAGUGAAGGGUAGUGAAGAAUUGCUCGUACCAGAGUCUAGCGAUGCGGAGAGCAUAUGCUCGCCCCGCAAGCCGCUACUCAAUCUCGGACGAUUCGCAUUCGGCCCAUGA